CGCAGGAGGCCAUCAAGACACACACAACUUGGAGCUCGUUCUUGCAUUAGAGAGCUAUCGUCCAAGAGGCGUCAAUGUCUAAAUUAAGGUUAGAGGGAAAGGUAGCUAUCAUCACAGGAGCGGCCAGUGGAAUUGGAGAAGCCGCUGCAAAACUUUUCGCUGAACACGGGGCCUUUGUUAUCAUCGCAGAUAUCCAAGAUGAAUUGGCAAACCAAGUAGCUGCUUCAAUAGGCCCCGAUAAAGCUUGUUAUCGUCGUUGUGAUGUGACAGACGAGAAGCAGAUUGAAGAAACAGUGGCAUAUGCAAUAGAGAAGUACGGCACCCUUGAUAUCAUGUAUAGCAAUGCUGGGAUCAUUGGUCCCUUGGGGAGUAUCCUAGACAUGGAAAUAGAUCAAUUUGACAACACCAUAGCUGUAAAUUUGCGGGGUUCAGUGUUAGCCGUGAAACAUGCAGCACGAGCAAUGGUGGCUAACAAAAUUCGAGGCUCAAUAAUUUGCACCGGCAGUGUUGCUUCAAGUUUAGGUGGAAGUGGGCCUCAUGCGUAUACCAUGUCAAAGCAUGGUCUAUUAGGUCUUGUUCGAGCAGCUGCAGGUGAGCUCGGGAGGCAUGGGAUCAGAGUGAACUGUGUUUCUCCUUCUAUAGUUGCCACACGUCUGGGAAGUAAGGUAUCAAAUUUGGAUCCAAGCACGAUAGAAGCCAUGAAUGCUCAAAUAGCCAACUUGAAAGGAUUUGUGUUGAAGGCUGAACAUGUUGCACAGACUGCACUUUUUCUUGCCUCCGACGAAUCUCUUUACAUAAGUGGGCACAACCUCGCUGUUGAUGGGGGAGUCUCUGUUAUCAGUAAUAUUUUGUCGACGCUCAAACGUUAAUCCAUCCAUGUUUAUUGUUUCGCAUUGUCGCAAUGAUCUGUUGUUCUUAAAUGAAUCUAUAUAUGCAGCAUCAACUAUCAAUCAUGUUCCCUUUC